GUACGGUCUCCGGCGCGGACGCGGCUCGAUCGCUCCGCAGGCCAGGCCGUGAGCCCCGCGCAGACGCCGCAGCGCCGCUCCGCGUCCCGCUCCUGGCCGCCCGGCCUCCGCCGCGAUGCUCCGGGAAGCCCGCGCCCGAACACGGUGACGGCGCCCGGGGGAGGACGCCGGGGACGCGGCGAACUUCCUGGCCGGCUUCCCGGAUGAGACUCCAGCCCGCCCAGCCCUGCAGCCAUGCGGACGCCGCCGGCCGCCUGCGCCUAGACCCCGCCGAAGUCGUUGUCAUUGAAAACAGUUUAAGCCAAUAACUCAGAAAAGGAAGAAGAUGCCAUUAAUUUUCAGCACUAAGGCCUUCUCAGGAGUCGGUGCUGUGCUGUAUACUGAAUGGAAGCCCUCUUUCCCAAAGUUCAGGAAGAAGCGAGUGGUGGAGACCCUCGGUCAGAGGAAGCUGCAGGAAGCCAGCCCCGGGGAGGCAGGCGGCAUGGCUAGCUCAGCCCGGGAGCAUCUGCUGUUUGUGCGACGUCGGAACCCCCAGAUGCGGUACACACUGAGCCCCGAGAACCUGCAGAGCCUGGCUGCUCAGGGCUCGCUGCCGGAGAACAUGACCCUACAGCGUGCCAACAGUGACACGGACCUGGUGACUUCUGAGAGCCGCUCUAGCCUGACGGCCAGCAUGUACGAGUACAUGCUGGGUCAAGCCCAGAACCUCAUCAUCUUCUGGGACAUCAAGGAGGAGGUGGACCCCAGCGACUGGAUCGGACUCUAUCAUAUCGAUGAGAAUUCUCCAGCCAACUUCUGGGAUUCUAAAAACAGGGGCGUGACUGGAACACAAAAAGGACAGAUUGUGUGGAGAAUCGAGCCUGGGCCCUACUUCAUGGAACCAGAGAUAAAAAUCUGCUUUAAAUACUACCAUGGCAUCAGCGGAGCCCUGCGGGCCACCACGCCCUGCAUCACAGUGAAGAACCCAGCUGUGAUGAUGGGGGCAGAAGGCAUGGAAGAUGGCGUGUCAGGAAACCUGCAUUCCCGGAAGCUGGUCAGCUUCACACUGUCAGAUCUUAGGGCAGUUGGGCUAAAGAAAGGCAUGUUCUUCAAUCCCGACCCUUAUCUUAAGAUGUCCAUUCAGCCGGGGAAGAAGAGCAGUUUCCCCACCUGUGCCCACCACGGGCAGGAGAGGAGGUCAACUAUCAUCAGCAACACCACAAACCCUAUCUGGCACCGAGAGAAAUACUCCUUUUUUGCACUCCUGACUGAUGUCUUAGAAAUUGAAAUUAAAGACAAAUUUGCCAAGAGCCGUCCCAUCAUCAAGCGCUUUCUGGGGAAGCUCACCAUUCCGGUGCAGAGACUGCUGGAGCGCCAGGCCAUUGGAGAUCAGAUGCUCAGCUACAGCCUGGGCAGGAGGCUCCCGGCCGACCACGUGAGCGGGUACCUGCAGUUUAAGGUAGAAGUCACGUCCUCCAUGCACGAAGACGCAUCUCCAGAAGCAGUGGGCACCAUUUUGGGCGUCAGCACCGUGAACGGGGACUUGGGAAGCCCGUCGGAUGACGAGGACGUGCCCGGGAGCCACCAGGACAGCCCGGGCUGUGCCAACGGGCCGGUGUCCGAGGACAGUGCGGCCGACGGGACGCCCAAGCACUCUCUCAGGACUAGCUGCACCCUGGAGAUAGAGGCGGAGGAGCUGGCGGCCACUUCUUCCAGGGCCUCCCCGCCCCGGGGCCGCCAAGAUUCUCUCAACGACUACUUGGAUGCCCUGGAGCACGGCGGCCCUUCAAGGCCCGGGCCCAUGGGCGCAUCGCCCAAGCUCAGGAGCAGCUUCCCCACCGACACGAGGCUCAGCGCGAUGCUGCACAUCGACUCAGACGAGGAGGACCACGAGUUCCCGCAGGACCGGGGCUGCCCGUCGUCCCUGGAGGAGGACGGAGGCCUGAUCAUGUUCGGCAGGGCGGCGAGUCCAGUCUCUUACUCCGGGCUGGAGGCCGCCCGCCCGCUGGACACCGGGGAGCGCCCUGAGGCCGCGCGCCACGGGGACGGGCACGGGGACGGGGACGAGGCUCUCCCAGGGCCGGUGGACGGCUCCCCGGACCCAGCCCCGGAGGAGGGCGAGGCUGCCGGCCCGGAAUCUGGGCCCGUUGCGGAGCCUGAGCCUGAGCCUGAGCCCAGAGGCUCGGAGGAGGCCGAGCAGCCGGCGAGCGGCGCGGACCCCGGCACCCCCAACACGUCGGCGGGCAGCCGCAGGGCCGCGAGCGAGGCCGAGUCCCUGGACCAGGGCUCCGAGCCCUCGCAGGUGUCCUCGGAGACCGAGCCCAGCGACCCGGCCAGGACGGAAAGCGCGAGCGAGGCCAGCGCCCGGCUCGAGGGCGAGAGCGACCCCGAGGGCGCCGAUAGUUCCUGCACGGAGAGCGCUGCCACGCAGCUGACCUCGGCGCACACGCGCUGCUCCUCUCCCGGCAGCGCGCGCUUCCCCGGGACGCCCGCCUUCUCCUCGCAGGAGGACGACGACGGGGGCGCGGCCGAGCCCGCCGCGUGCGCCCCGGGGGCGCUGCCGGCUGUGCAGGUGCCGGGCGCGCGGGACGACGCGGGGCCCGAGUCCGAGGAGCGCGGCGCGGUCUGGCAGCGAAGGCCCGGCCUGGAGAGCCCGCGCGGGGCGGAAUACGCCGGGGACGAGCCCGGGGAAGACGCUGGCGCCUGCGAAGGGGCCUCGGCGCAGGAGGAGGGCGCGGCAGGAGGCGCUCAAGCCAACGGCCACCAGCCCUUGCGGUCCCUGCCGUCAGUGCGCCAGGACGUCAGCCGGUACCAGCGGGUGGACGAGGCCCUCCCGCCAAACUGGGAGGCGCGCAUUGACAGCCACGGCAGGAUCUUCUACGUGGACCAUGUGAACAGGACCACGACGUGGCAGCGGCCCACAGCCCCGCCGGCCCCGCAGGUGCUGCAGCGCUCCAACUCCAUCCAGCAGAUGGAGCAGCUGAACCGGCGCUACCAGAGCAUCCGCAGAACCAUGACCAACGAGAGGCCGGAGGAAAACACCAGCGCUGUGGAUGGGGCCGGGGAGGAAGCUGACUUUCACCAGGCCAGCGCAGCAUGGAGUGCAGGGGGCAGCGGCUCCGAACCCUGUGCUCUGCCCGCAGACUUCCGCCGGGAGAGCGUCCUGCCGCACUCUACCUCCAGAUCCAGGCUCACCUUGCUGUUGCAGUCGCCCCCCGUGAAGUUCCUCAUCAGCCCAGAGUUCUUCACUGUGCUGCAUUCGAACCCCAGUGCCUACCGCAUGUUUACAAACAACACGUGUUUGAAGCACAUGAUCACCAAAGUCCGUCGGGACACACACCACUUCGAACGCUACCAGCAUAACCGUGACCUCGUGGGCUUCCUCAACAUGUUUGCCAACAAGCAGCUGGACCUGCCAAGGGGCUGGGAGAUGAAACACGACCAUCAGGGCAAGGCGUUUUUUGUGGACCACAACUCCCGGACCACCACGUUCAUCGACCCGAGGCUCCCGCUGCAGAGCAGCAGGCCCACGAGCGCGCUGGCCCAUCGGCAGCACCUGACCAGGCAGCGCAGCCACAGCGCCGGGGAGGUGGGAGAGGACUCGCGGCACGCAGGGCCACCCGUCCUCCCCAGGCCGUCCAGUACAUUCAGCACUGUGAGCAGGCCGCAGUACCAGGACAUGGUGCCAGUGGCUUACAAUGACAAGAUUGUUGCAUUUCUGCGUCAACCCAAUAUCUUUGAAAUUCUGCAGGAGCGUCAGCCUGAUCUCACCAGAAAUCACUCACUCAGGGAGAAGAUCCAAUUUAUCAGAACGGAAGGGACGCCAGGAUUGGUGCGCCUCUCGAGUGAUGCAGACCUCGUGAUGCUGCUGAGCUUGUUUGAAGAGGAGAUAAUGUCAUAUGUGCCUCCACACGCCUUACUGCACCCCAGCUACUGUCAGUCCCCACGCGGCUCUCCUGUGUCCUCACCCCAGAACUCACCAGGUACUCAGCGAGCCAACGCCCGGGCUCCGGCCCCUUACAAGCGAGACUUUGAAGCCAAACUAAGGAACUUCUACAGGAAGUUAGAGACUAAAGGAUACGGACAAGGCCCAGGGAAAUUAAAAUUAAUUAUCCGAAGAGAUCACUUGCUGGAAGAUGCUUUUAAUCAGAUCAUGGGCUACUCCAGAAAAGACCUGCAGAGGAAUAAGCUGUAUGUCACCUUCGUUGGGGAGGAAGGGCUGGAUUACAGUGGGCCUUCCAGAGAGUUUUUCUUCCUGGUAUCCAGAGAGCUCUUUAACCCCUAUUAUGGCUUAUUUGAAUAUUCAGCCAACGACACAUACACAGUACAGAUAAGCCCCAUGUCUGCUUUUGUAGACAAUCACCAUGAAUGGUUCCGGUUCAGUGGGAGGAUCCUUGGUCUCGCACUAAUACACCAGUAUUUGUUGGAUGCCUUCUUCACACGGCCCUUUUAUAAGGCUCUUCUCAGAAUCCUGUGUGAUCUCAGCGAUCUCGAGUACCUGGAUGAAGAGUUCCACCAGAGCCUACAGUGGAUGAAAGACAAUGACAUCCACGACAUCCUGGACCUCACAUUCACUGUAAACGAGGAGGUGUUUGGUCAGAUCACGGAACGAGAAUUGAAGCCUGGGGGCGCCAAUAUCCCGGUGACAGAGAAGAACAAGAAGGAGUACAUCGAGAGGAUGGUGAAGUGGCGCAUAGAGAGGGGCGUGGUACAGCAGACCGAGAGCCUGGUGCGUGGCUUCUAUGAGGUGGUGGAUGCCAGGCUGGUCUCCGUGUUUGAUGCAAGAGAACUGGAACUGGUCAUCGCAGGCACCGCUGAAAUAGACCUGAGUGACUGGAGAAGCAACACGGAAUACAGAGGAGGUUACCAUGACAAUCAUAUCGUAAUCCGGUGGUUCUGGGCUGCCGUGGAAAGGUUCAACAAUGAACAGCGGCUGAGGUUGUUACAGUUUGUUACUGGGACAUCCAGCAUUCCCUAUGAAGGAUUCGCUUCUCUUCGAGGGAGCAACGGCCCCAGAAGAUUCUGUGUGGAGAAGUGGGGGAAAAUCACGGCUCUGCCCAGAGCUCACACGUGUUUUAACCGCCUGGAUCUGCCCCCAUACCCGUCCUUCUCCAUGCUGUACGAGAAGCUCCUAACGGCCGUGGAAGAAACCAGCACCUUUGGACUGGAGUGAGCUGCAAGCACAAAGCCCAGCUCUUUGGGGACAGGUGAUUCCAAAGCUGGCCACCCAGAGACGGACGGACCUCGGGAACCUCAGAGCAGGCUUCCAUGGGGCAAGGCUGAGCCUGUCACUCCCGGGAGCACGUGCCCUCACGCUUGGGAUUGGCCGUGCAUCCUCUCUCAAGGAUUUGGGUGAGCUUGAUGCUCAGGGAACGACACAACAGUCUUUCAAUCAACAGUUCUUGACUGCCAAACGUUUUCCAUUCCUUUUGCUCCAAGACAAAGACGAACCUGUCCAUGACCAGCUCCACGGUAGUUUCCAGGGACUCUGGAGAAUCUUGAAACUUUCCCUCGAACGUGGCUCAAGCCAAACUGGCAGCACUUGGCCCAAUCUCCAAAUUAGUGCAAGUUCAUUAAUGUAAUAAAAAGUAUAUUUCCUGAAAGUACAUUCAUUUAAGCCCUAAGUUACAGCAGAAUAUUUAUUUCUUGCUUAUGAGUGUCUGCAUGGUGGGCACUGCAGGUUUUAGCUCUCACGGGACACAAGCAAACCAGAACCCAAGGCAAUAUAAGGUAAUUUUGAAGAUUCGCAAUAAGGUGGUUUUGUGACAAUUUGUAUGCAAGUGGUCUGUGUAUAAUUACAGCUGAGGACAGCUGAUAGUCCAUGAAUUACUAAGGACAGAUUCUAUGCUUUAUAAUGCAUGAAAACAAUUUUAAAAUAACUAGCAAUUAAUCACAGCCUAUCAGGAAAAUGUACUGUUUAUUUUUGAUAGGUUCAUUAUAUUUAUGUUCUUUAAGAUGUAUAUAAGAACCUCCCAUCACCCUAUGUGUCUCCCCUUUCCAUUGACAUGUUCCAUGCUUUCUUGGGCAUCAUGCUAGUCUGUAUCCUUUUAAGCACUCUCAAGGAAACAAAAGGGCCUUUUAUUUUUAUAAAGGUAAAAAAAAUUUCCCGAAAUAUUUUGCACUGAAUGUACCAAAGUUGAAGGGACAUUACAAUGUGACUAACAGCAGCAAUUCCAUCACCUAACAGUGUAAUAGAAACUAGCUUCCAAUCAGACCUCCCUCACAGUGCCAUGUCAGCCACUCCAAGGACUGUGCAUCUCAGUAAUAAUUUUUUAACACUCACUCUACGUGAUAGUAUGAUAUGCAUUUAUUUAAAAUGCAUUAGGUUCUCUUCCAUCCAUCAGAUACUUCCCAGGAUGGCAUUUAAUACAGAUAUUUCGUAUUUCCCCUGUGCUUUUUAUUUGUACAGCAUCAUUAGACACCAAGCCCAGUUAGGGAGCCAUCAGCAACACAAGAGAGAUCAACUCUCUUUAGUAAUAAGAACUCCAUUUACCCUCAUCAUUGAAGAUACCACAGAUUGAAACCCUCAGCUCUAUAUUUCUAAGCCUUCAUUUUCACUGAUGCAUAACUUUCUUAUUAAUAUUGAAAAACAAUUUUUCUAUGGUAUCACAAAAACUGUGUGACAUCACUGAUCUUAUUUCUGCUUCAUUUUAUGAGAGGGUAUCCUUCACUUUAAUUGUUUGGGGUAUUAUUCCACCCACAGUUUAUCCCUUGGUUUAUGACCAUAACUAGUCAGACACACAACAGAGUAGAGUUAGAUGGAGGCUGUGAAAACAUUGAGUUAACUUGUGGUUGGCCAGCUGUGGGGACAUUUGUAUAAGUAGCUGUGGAAUUCCAGUGCUGGGUGCUGGCCAUCCUGCACUUCAGGGAGGUCAUCUUCAUUGCUUGAUCAGUGUUUUAUAAGAACUGUCUCUAGUUAGUGGCGCUGGGAUUAUUAUUGGGCCCCUCCAAAGGGAAUAUGCCCGCGACACUGUGUUCCUCUACAAAAGGCAGAUAAUAUGGCACGGGGAAAUGUUCUAAAAAGUAAAGUUACAGAAAUCUGGAAAUAAAGGAAGAUUUAUCUGUAUGCAGUGAUUGGGCCAGGAGAAAAACAGGCAGGGGAUAACUUUUAACUGGAAAUAUUAGUUUGUACUCAAAGAUCAUGAAUACAACUCUAUAAUUUUGCAAAUGGUUUUUACUUGUUUGUAGUUUUUCAUUAUAAGGAAAAAUGGUAUAAUACUAACAUGCUUUUUUUAAAGAGAAAAAUCACAUUUUUGAUGUUUCAGAGGUGGCAUUCUCUAAAGAGCUGAUAUGAAAGUUUACGUUUCUUUUAAAACAAAUACAUUCAUAGACCAUGUUAGCUUUCAUUUGAUUUGAAAAACUUUGUUACUAUGUGUCAUACUACCAGGUAAGAGACUUGAAAUAAAAUGUAUCUCUUGAAUUAUU